CUCACAUAUGGCUCCUUUGCCACAGAAGGGCUGGAGACAACACAGGCAUCUUCGUUUUAUCACAAAACCCCAAAUGAAGCUCAUCAGUAUGUGGGAAUCAUUUGGUUACUUCAGCAAUUCAGCUGGACGUGGGUUGGACUCCUUGUUGCAGAUGAUGACAACGGAGAACACUUCUUGAAGAUUCUGGAGCCUCUGCUUUCCUGGAAUGGCAUCUGCCCUGCCUUCAUAACAAGAAUCACACAGCAAUCCCAUAUGAAUAAGCUGGAUGGAGCAUUUGAUGUAUUAGCAAGAAUACAUGAAGUUUUCACAUAUCGUGAAGCCAGUAUAUUUAUCCUCUAUGGAGACACUCUGACUGUUGCCUGGCUUAGGACCACGAUAUUUCUAGGAGACAUCAAGAGCAGAGAAAAUCCUUCCUUUGGAAAGGUGUGGAUUCUGACAACCCAGAUUGAUCUCCUCUCAACAGGUCUCCACAGAAACUGGGAUUUUCAGCUAUUCCAAGGUGCCAUUUCCUUAGCAAUUCACUCAAAAGAACUACCAGGGUUCAAGGAAUUUGUUCAGAAGGUUAAACCUUCCUGGAACCACAAGGAAAAUUCUCUGAAAGACUUCUGGGAACAAGCAUUUGACUGUUUCUUUCCAGAUCCCACAGUGAUAGUGGAUGAUCUAUGCACUGGAGAAGAAAACCUGGAAAGUCUUCCCACAGGUGUUUUUGAAAUGCAUGUGUCCGGCCACAGUUACAGCAUCUAUAAUGCAGUUUAUGCUUUAGCACAUGCCUUGCAUGCCUCGUUCUUAUCUAAAGCCAGACAUCAUGCAAUGGUUAGGGGAGGAAAUGUUGAUCUACAAUUUCUACAGCCUUGGCAGCUCCAUAGAUCCCUUCAAGGUUUGUCUUUUAACAACUCAGUUCAUGAAAUGGUGUCCUUCAAUGAUAAGGUGAUAACAGGAGGUGGAUUUGAUAUCAUGAACAUAAUCACUUUUCCCAAUAAGUCUUUCCAAAGAGUGAAAAUUGGGAAGUUGGAUCCCAGUGACCAUGAAGGCAAGGAAUUCAUCCUUCAUCAGGCUAUAAUUGUAUGGCAUGAUACCUUUAACCAGGUGACCCCAGUGUCUGUGUGCAAUGGAUGCUGUCCCCUCGGCACUCAGAAGAAAAGGAAAGAAGAGUACCAGUUUUGCUGCUACGCAUGCGACCCAUGCCCAGAAGGGAAGAUUUCAAACCAGAGUGAUAUGAAAGAGUGUUUCCCAUGUCCAGAAGAUCAGUACCCAAAUGAAGAAAAAAAUGGUUGUGAAAACAAAAUUAUACAUUUUCUGUCCUAUGAUGACCAUUUAGGGACAGGUUUAGCCUCAAUUGCCUUUACAUUCUCCUUGACUACAGCAUUAGUGCUUGGAACAUUUAUUAAGCACAACAAUACCCCCAUAGUGAGAGCCAACAACCAGGAGCUCACAUUCAUCCUCCUUAUCUCCCUCUUGCUCUGCUUUCUUUCUUCUUUGCUGUUUCUUGGCCAGCCUGGCACAGUGACCUGCCUGCUCCGUCAACCAACCUUCGGCAUCAUCUUCUCAGUGGCUGUUUCAUGUGUCUUGGCGAAAACAACUAUAGUUUCCCUUGCCUUCAGAGCCACAAAGCCUGGGUCCAGGAUGAAGACAUGGGUGGGGAAAGGGCUGGCAUAUUGCAUUGUGCUCCCCUGCUCUCUCAUUCAAGCCAGCAUUUGCAUUGUAUGGCUGGCAACCUCCCCACCAUUCCCUGAUCUAGAUAAGCACUCUGUUACUGAAGAAAUCAUUGUGCAAUGUGAUGAGGGCUCGGCCAUCAUGUUCUACUGUGUUUUAAGCUACAUGGCCCUCCUGGCCAUUUCCAGCUUUGUGGUGGCUUUCCAAGCCCGCAAAUUACCAGACACUUUCAAUGAAGCCAAGUGUAUCACCUUCAGCAUGCUGGUGUUUUGCGCUGUAUGGAUUUCCUUUGUUCCUGCCUAUUUUAGCACCAAAGGGAAAAACAUGGUGGCUGUGGAGAUCUUCUCCAUCUUGUUCUCCAGUGCUGGUGUGCUGUGUUGCAUCUUCUUCCCCAAAUGCUACAUCAUUUUAUUGAAGCCUGAACUGAACACCAGGGAACAAUUAAGCAUCAGAAAGCAUUAGGUGCACUAUCUUCCACCAUCCAUCUCUCAGGUUUUGAGGAGCAUAGC